GCAUGCGCAGAACCGUAGCGGAUGUGGCUGUGAAGUGUAUGUUCUGAUAGACCGUCUUCACCUGGUCCGCCGCCGAUCAAUGAAAGUCUUUAGCCGUCUUUCUGUCCGGUUUCCAGUCCGGUUCGUAUUGUGUAGGUGAGAAACUGGAGAGGGGAAGGAGCCGUGAAACGGACCGAGUAUUAUUUCAUCAUGUGGAGGAAGGCUGCAGCUGCUGCCUUGUUGGCUCUUGCAGUCGGUUACUUGUACCACAGUGGUCCAGACCUUUCUGAAAAUAUUAUGCACUUCAUUCCUCUGCCGAGCUUCCAGUUUGUGUCUGAGAAUCACAGCACUGAGCAACUGAUCUCGGCCUCAUGGGAGACACUGAUCACUUUGCCCAGUCGACAGUGGAACAGAGUAGCUGUGGGGGUGAAUGCCUGUGUGGACGUGGUGGUUUCUGGAGUCGGACUGCUGCAGGCUUUGGCUGUAGACCAUGGAUCUGGUCUGGAUCAUGAAGUGUUACAUUCUGAAGAGGAUCUGAAAGAAGCCUUUGUCCAUUUCAUGGAGCGUGGAGCAGCCGCUGAGCGCUUCUUUAGCGAUAAGGAGGUUUUUCAACGGAUUGCACGAGCAGCAGCAGAGUUUCCUGGAGCCAAGCUAUAUGUCGGAGGAAAUGCUGCCCUCAUUGGUCAGAAACUCGCCAGCUACCCUGAUCUUAUGGUGUUGCUGUGUGGGCCCGUUGGACCUAAACUUCAUGAGUUGCUGGAUGAACAGAUUGUCGUUCCUCCAGAGUCUCUGCAGGAGAUGGAUGAAUAUCACCUGAUCCUGGAAUAUAAAGCAGGUGAACAGUGGGGAUUGUCACAGGCUCCUCAAGCGAACCGCUUCAUCUUUUCCCACGACGUGUCCAAUGGGGAGAUGAGUUCUCUAGAGACUUUUGUGUCCAGUCUGGAUGAGUUCCAGCCAGAUCUGGUGGUUCUUUCAGGACUCCACAUGAUGGAGGGUCAGGGCCGAGAGCUGUGGGAGCUGCGACUCAAAGAGGUUGUAGAUGCCAUCACCAACAUUCAGCAAGAUGUUCCCAUCCACCUGGAGCUGGCUAGCAUGACCGACAAGGAGUACAUGAACAGCAUCUUACAGGAGCAGGUUCUGCCCAUCGUCAGCUCCAUCGGUCUGAAUGAGCAGGAGCUGCUCUUCCUUUCUCAGGCCGCCAAUGGGCCUCAUGCAGAUCUGGCAUCUUGGACGGGCAUCCCAGAUGUGGGUCGGGUCAGUGACAUCCUCCUCUGGAUUCUUCAACAGUAUGGUUGCAGUGACCUGUCAUCAGAAGCCGAUCUAACUCGCAUCCACUUCCACACUUUGGCCUACCAUAUCUUGGCCACAGUAGAUGGGUUCUGGGGGAACCAGGCAGCAGCAGUGAUGGCUGGGGCUCGGGUGGCCAGCAGUCAAGCUUGUGGCCUUCAAGCUGUGGAUGUCACUAAAGUGGAGCUCAAAGCCCCGCUGGAGUUUCAGAGCUCUCAUGCUGAAAAGGGUGAGAAGCUGAGUCUGAACCCAGUGGAGCCAGUCACAGUAUGGCGCCGAAGAAACGUCACCUUCCACCUGACGCCAGUACUGGUCUGCAGGCGCCCUCUGAGGACUGUGGGGCUCGGAGACGCUAUCUCAGCAGAGGGCCUGGUUUACUCCGAGAUCAAAAACCAGCAGUCUUUCAGGUCAGACGUGGACAUUAAAAGCAGAUACCUGCUGCUGUGUUGAUGGAGCCACUUGCUGCACCGGACUCUGAGUCUUCAUCCCAAACCCUCAGAUUAUAGUGGAUCAAUGUCCUUCCAGAAUCCUUCAGCAGAGGCAGAACUCUGUUGGCCCUAUGCACAUCUCUGCUGGUUCACUUGGUCCUCGCACCUGAACAAUUUCAGUCUACUGUGCCUUGAAAAAGUUGAAGAAUUUUAUCUUUAGUCUAUAAUUUCUUCAUGUUUCAGAGCUUUGGUAGCUGCAGAGUAGGCUUUGGUGAUGAAUCAUAUCAGUCAAUAUAAAUAAAUAUCGCAACAAAUGUCAAUGUUUAAAAGCUGGUUUUAGUCCUGUGUGAAAGCUGGAAAAAACAGACAGGUAUUUGUGAUUUAAAUUAUUCUUUACUGAUAGACUAUGACAGACACUUGAGCAAAAGACCAUUUCACAAAUCUAGAAAAAGAGCUUUCAAAACUAUUAUGUAGAGAAUUAAAUGGAGUAAAAUAAAACAUUUUUAAGUAUUUCAUCUGACAGUGUAAACAAAAUAACCAUAAAAUGUAUCAAUAAUAUCACAAUAAUAAUUGUUGCAAUAUUGAUUAUUAUAUUUUUGUCACUUAGUCCUACUUCAGAUCCAUCUAUCAUACAUGUACAUAUUCUGUUAAACUGGAGUGUGUAUGAACUCUCAAACUGAUUUUCUGCAUUUUUUAGUAUCUUGGUUUCUAAUGGUCAAAAUCAGGUUUAAAAUAUUUAUUAUAAGCUGUUCUUGAACAUAAACUUCACAUGAUUUUAGGAGAAGAGACCUAGUGUUUACUUUCAGACUAAAACACUCCACUCUCAAGAUAUUUAGGUUUGGAAACUGUAGAUAAUAAUGAAAUGCGUUCAAUUAACCUUUUAGGCGCCAGAGCUGUUUUUUGUGACUUUGACGCUUAAAGGCUUAACAUAGAAUGGUAAAAUCACUGUACAGUCAGAUCCUGACAUUGAAUCAGAGAAUAGUUCUUUUUUUUUUCAGGGUUUCUACUCAGUGGGUUUCUGGGUCAUGUCCUUUUCAUGUACUGCUUUCUUUCUGGAUUGUUCUGUACGUUUAAACCUUUCUCAACCUAUUGGUGCAUUUUUGCUCUUGCCAUUUUGUUUCAUGUACAAUGUAUAAAAUGUUUGUAUACCUCAAAAGGCCUGACGGCAUGCAAUAAUGAGUCUUAAUGAAAACAUACAUGUUGAUUCUCAUCAGAUGUGAGGAUGAGUCUGCACCUGAAUGUAACUUUUAUUUUUAGCAAAUACAGUCUGUGUAUGGCGAGAGUUUAACAUGCAAAAUGUCAUGUUUUGUUUAUUUGUAGCGUCUCAUUAAAUACAUUUGAAAAAGCGUUUUACUGAA